GAUCUCUCCCUCCCUCACUCCUCCGUCUGUCUCUUUCUCUGUCUCUCUUUCUCUCAGACCAGGAGCAUCUGCAUGUGUAUUCAGGCAGGGAUGAAAGCGGCCAGCAGGUUCUUAUAAAACUCAUUUUUCUCUCCCUGUAAAGUGCAGUGGGGUGUGAUCAUAGGUGCUGAAAGUGCAGCGCUCUCUCCCUGAGGACAACCACUGCUGCCGAGGAGGGAGAGGAAGAACUAAGAGGAGAAAGGAGGGAGAUGGAAAGGAACUAAUGGCCAAAAGCAGGUGAUGAGAUGUUGAAGAUGUUUAGUGACUGAUUGAGGCGCACCGUUGGUGAAGUUCAGCUCUGGUUUGCGCCACAGCAGGUGUAGGUCAUCUCUGAGGUCUUAGAAAAUAAAUAUGGAGUCAGCUCACCUUCUGAGUGGCUCUAAGAAGAGAGUAAAGAUACAUCCUCAGACUGUAACGGCCAAGUAUGCCACGCAGACCCCCUAUGCCCCCCAACCUGGAAUACAUACCCAUUUCCCCCAACCAGGCGAUGAGGGCUAUGAUGACGCUCCGUCAUUCGAGGAUUUUGGCUCAUUCCUGGAGGAGACAUCUGACAAGAAACAGCUCACGGAGAGCAAGAAGUGGCCUUUGACAUUGUUUGGCUCCAAAGACAAAGACACGUCCCAUAAACUCCAAGUGGUGGGAGAAGGAGAGGGAAGUGAGGUGGGAACCAAAGCAGCAAAGGGAUCUGGGAAAGGGGUUGGAGAACAACUGGCCAGUUUUGGCGAGGCUUCUGUGUCGGCAUCUCGACUCACCUGGUUGGGACUACUCUGUGCUGCUCUUGCACAUGGCUGCCUGAUUGUCCUUACCCGCAUGGCCUCUGAACGCUUUAGCCUUGGACCCCUAUUUCUGCUCCUGGUAAGGUCAGUCAUUCAGCUUCCAUCAGUGGCUGCCCCACUGAACAAGGCAGAGAGCCCAUUUGGACCAGAAGGAUAUCGGUUACGUCUACUCUUUUAUGGCAUUUCCUACUCACUCUCCCUCUGCUGUGCCUAUUAUUCCUUAACCUUUGUCUCUUCUGAAAAUGGUUCGACAACUUGGCGACUGGCAACUACCACUCUGUCAGCAACCCUUGCCUUCCUGCUACUGGAGGAAAAGCUGGGACUUGCAGAUGGGAUAACCUUAGCCGCUGGCCUGUGUGGGUUGGGUCUUGUGUUGCUUCCCACAGCAGAUGAGAGCUAUGAAGACAUGCCAGUUGAUCCCGUUACUUUCUGGAGGGGUGCUUUCGGAUGGUCUCUUUCAGUACUUGCGGGGUUGUGGAUGGCCCUGGCGCUGGUCGGGUAUCGCUCAAUGAAAGAUAGGGUUGGUGUCGCCACUGCUCUAUUUACUGUGAGUUGGACAGGUUGCCUGCUUACCCCAGCUACUUUGAUUCUGAUCCAGGAAGGAUGGUCUUGGCCUAUGAGUUUAUCAGCAUGGGCCAUUCUACUGGGCUUAGUUGCCUCCUCAAUAGCAGCCUUCCUGGGAAUGACGCACGCCCUCACACGCCUCCACCCAGCCCUGGUCUCCGCUUCACAGAGCUUGGAAAUACCUGUUGCCAUGCUCUUGCAUUUGGCCAUAUCUCCUGUGACUCCCAAUGCUGCCGAGGUUGUGGGGAACGUGAUGAUCGUGCUAAGCGUUGGCUGGCUGGUGGCUAUGAAGCUGCUCCCAUCUCGUGGUGUGGGGCGGUGCCAAAGGGAGGAGUAUGAGGAGAUUCUGGACUCACCCAUCAAAUAGAAACACUUCAAUACCAUCACCUACUCUUUCUCCUUCAAAAGUGUCAUUCCCAUGUACAUAAGAGACUAAUAGAUGUUCACCAGAGCUCGAUCUAUUUUGUAUUGUUUUUGCUUAGAAGAAAGUACCAAAAUUGUGUUGUCUGUAAAGUGACUACAUGAUGUGAAAAAUAAAAGCUCUCUGAGAGAAUGCUCGUCCUUCAA